AGCGGACGUAUGGAAGGCGGUGCUUUUACAUGACUCGUGUAACAAGUGUACCAGGAGGUCUUUCUUUACAGUUUUUGAAACACACAGUUCUAUAUAUUUUUUCUUCAAAUAGUGAAGCUCCUAUUUUAAAACCACAUAAAUAGAUGAUCAGAUAAUAGAUUCGAGUAGAAAACGAGGGUCUGCUCCCCCUCAAAGAGCCCAUCAUGAAGCUGACGGACAAUGUGCUGCGGAGCUUCAGGGUUGCAAAGGUUUUCCGAGAAAAUUCAGACAAAAUCAACUGUUUUGAUUUCCAGCUCAAACGGCGAAACCAUUAUUUCUAGCAGCGACGAUGACUCCCUGGUUUUAUACGAUUGCCAGGAGGGAAAACCCAAGCGGACCCUCUACAGUAAGAAGUAUGGAGUGGAUCUGAUCAGACACUAUCCGGUACCUCUCCCUCCAUGACAACAAGUACAUCCGGUACUUCCCUGGACAAAACAAAAGGGCCUGACGCACCUCCAGGGGAAGCCAGUUUGCUCCUUUGAUCCUGAGGGUCUGAUUUUUGCUGCUGGUGUGAACUCUGAGAUGGUCAAAUUGUACGACCUGCGAUCCUUUGACAAGGGUCCUUUUGCUACCUUCAAGCUACAGUACGACCGUACAUGUGAGUUGACAGAACUCAAGUUCAGCAAUGAUGGGAAGCUCAUCCUUGUCUCAACCAAUGGGGGUGCUCUCCGCCUCAUCAAUGCCUUCAAGGGCGCUGUGAUGCAUUCCUUUGGGGGCUACAACAACAGUAAAGCUGUGACGCUGGAGGCCUCCUUCACUCCUGACUCUCAGUUUAUUAUGAUCGUGAGGCUCUGAGGAUGGGAAAAUCCACAUGUGGAAUGCAGAGAGUGGGAUGAAGGUAGCUGUUCUGGAUGGGAAGAUCCACAUGUGGAAUGC